AUGUCAGAGGCCGCGGGUCAGAAGCGGACGUUAUUCGUGCGUGAACUUGCGGACGAAGUUAACAAGGAGAUAUUAUACGCUGCUUUUUUGCCGUUUGGCAACAUUAUCAACAUUGAUAUGCCAGUUGAUAAAGAGAAGGGGACCAAUAGGGGUAUCGCUUUUAUCGAGUUUGAGGAGGAAGAGGAUGCAAAACAUGCUAUUUUCAAUCACAACGAAUCUGAACUUUAUGGUCGAGUGAUAAAGGUGGCGUAUUCUACAAAAGCUCACGUCAAACAGGUCAAAGCUGCGACCGUCAGACACAGGGCCGUUUGGCAUGAUGACCCUACUUUUGGUCAUGAGUUAAGGCCAGAUGAUGAGGAUCCUCCAAAAGAGGAGCAAAAUUAA